CAGGUUCAAUUUGUUGGUGUGUGAUAUGAACAUUCCUCCCACGGAUUGUAUGGAGAUUGUAUCAACGGCCAAAGAUCUGCUGGCGCCAGGGGCUGCAUUGGUAGUAACUUUGAAGAACCACAGAGGUGGACGCAAGUUUAUGUAUGAGAAUACGGAGAAGGCCGCGGAGAUGUUCAGCGCAAUGUGUGAACCGUCAACUGUACGGAAGUUCCAGCUCAUCUCGGGCCGAGAGCAGGAGUAUACCAUGGUCGGGCGAACUAAAGCAUAAC